AUGGUUGUCGUUAUUCAUGUAAAGUCACAUGACGUACUCACUCGAAAUACAUUGCGUAGAACAUACGGAGAUAAACGACUGGUGGAAAAAUUCAGUUACAGUCUUCUCUUUUCCGUCGGCAGGGCGGGAGGCCCAGAGGAACAAGAGCUCUUGAGAGAGGAAGCUCGACUUAUGGAGACAUUCUUCAAACAGACGUUGUCGAUGCUUACAGAAAGUUAA